AUGCAGGGCCAGCCGGGUUCAACUGCGAGGCCAACGCCUAGUCGCCGAGACCUGCGCAAGUAUGCCCGGCUCUUUGUGAAGACGGAUCAGGAUGGCGACGGCUUUGUCAGCAGUGACGAAGCAUAUACUCUCUUUACGAAGUCGCAGCUGCCAGAGCACACUUUGCAACAAGUUUGGAUGUUAUCCAAUGUAAGUGGCAGUGGCAUGCUGAGCUUCCCAGAGUUCAUCGCUGCCAUGCACCUGAUACGUGAAGCUCGCCAGACACAGCAGAGCCCAACAGCCAUCUCGGGGGAACUCUCAGCCUUCCUCGGAGGCUUUUCGGAGUCUGCACAGGAGUUGUCUCUGGAAGGAAACUCGCGGUCUGCCCGUACCUUGCGGUCGCCUGCGGCCUUGCAGGGCGCGGGCGGCGCGGGCUCCAGCCCGCAUUUCGGCCACGCUGCGCCCGGCGCCGGGACUGCUGCCGGGCCCGCCGAGGCCUUCGGUCUCAGCCAGCCGCCGCCGGAGCUGCCGGAGUUCCCGACGCCCGAGCCGGGGCCCGAGGAGGCCGGCGAGAAGAAGAAGAAAGAGCGGCCGGGUCGUUCAAAGAAGGAAAGGAAGGAGAAGAAGGAGGCAGCCGGAGACAUCCGUCAGGAUCAGGGUCAGCCGGGUCAGCCGGGUCAGCCUGAGGCCUCGCCGGAGCCUUGGGACUCCGGCCAGGGCAAGGGCGGGUCUGCAGCCGAACCCGACUUUGGAAGCGCUGCUGCUAACUGGACCACUUUUGGAGACCAGGAGACUCCUCCCGAAGCCGGCAGGGAGAAGAAGGAGAAGAAGGAGAGGAAGGAGAGGAAAGAAAGAGAGAAGGGACAGCAAUGGGACAAAGACAGCAAGGACGACAAGCAGAGGUUUCAGCCUCAAGCAAGCUCAGCUUGGCCGUCUGCCGAAGACCAGUGGUCCAAACCUUUGCCUCCGGAAAAUUCAUCUUUCGGUGGCUUCGGGACAGCUGGCGGAGCUUUACAGGCCAGUCAACCUCAAACCCGCAUGGGCUUGCGCUUUGACUUAGACUUCGGCAAGAAUGCAGAUCCCGACUACCUGGCGAGGCUGCAGGAGAUCCAUCUGCGUCCGGACUCGCCUCCCGUGACCUCUCCCAAAAAGGCCGAAGCUGACGGGUGGGCAGGACGCCGACAUGAUGGGCACUUCGAGAAGAGGUACGAGACCGCCUACAAGCACAUGGGGGACUACGCGAGCCCUGCACUCCAUGUGGCGCUGAUGGGUUUCCGCUCGGCCCAAGCCCAGGCCCCGGCGGUGCUGCCGGAGCCAGGGAGGCCGUUUCUAAAGACAAUGACACCCCACUUCGCGGUGCAGCCACCCGGACGGGGUUUAGAGGUUGGGAAAGAGACAAUGACCCGAAGCCUGGGACGUCUGACUUUUGCACCCAUGACCGCUGCCUGA